AUGGAACCGAACACGACACAAAACGGAUCCCAACCCGAGCUCUCAGAGUUCGAGAAGACACAAAAGAAGUACCAAGACUUCAUCUCUUCCCUCCCAAAGACCAAAGGAUGGAGACCAAACGAGAUCCUAACCCAACACAACGGACACUGGUGGCAAGAAUGUCUCCUCGAAGGCCUCCUCCACGCCAAAGACCAUUUCCAACCACGACCCACCGACUUCCUCAUCUGCAGCUACCCAAAAACCGGUACAACCUGGCUCAAAGCACUAACAUACGCCAUCGUAAACCGUUCUCGUUUCAACGACGCUACAAACCCUCUCCUCAAACGUAACCCUCACGAGUUCGUGCCUUACGUAGAGAUAGACUUCGCGUUUUACCCGACCGUUGACGUUCUCCAAGACGGCAAGAACCCGCUUUACUCCACUCAUAUACCCAACGGAUCAUUACCAGAGUCCAUAGUUAAAUCUAACUGCAAGAUGGUUUACAUAUGGAGAGACCCUAAAGACACUUUCAUCUCAAUGUGGACUUUCUUACACAAGGAGAAGUCACAAGAGGGACAGCUAGCGAGUCUUGAAGAGGCUUUUGAUAUGUUUUGUAAAGGUUUGUCUGUGUACGGUCCUUAUCUGGAUCAUGUGUUGGGUUACUGGAAGGCUUACAAAGAGAAUCCGGAGAGGAUUCUGUUUCUUAGGUACGAGACGAUGAGAGGUGAGCCUUUGCCGUUUGUGAAGAGGUUGGCUGAGUUCAUGGGGUAUGGGUUUAGUGAUGAGGAAGAGGAGAGAGGUGUUGCUGAGAGUGUUGUGAAGCUUUGUAGUUUUGAGACGUUGAAGAAUCUUGAAGCUAAUAAGGGAGAUAAGGAGAGGGAGGAUAGGCCUGCUGUUUAUGCGAAUAGUGCUUAUUUUAGGAAAGGGAAGGUUGGAGAUUGGGCUAAUUAUCUGACUCCGGAGAUGGCUGCUCGUAUUGAUGGGUUAGUGGAAGAGAAGUUCAAAGAUACUGGCUUGCUUCAACAUGAUCAGUGAAAAUGUGUUCUCUUCUGUUUUUUUUUUCUGUUUUUCAGUACAAAACAGAGGAUGCUCUGUUUUUCUCUAUUUGGUUCUGUAUUGUCCCUUAACAAGAGAAAGAUCUUUGAUUUAUGAUCCUCAUUGAAAUUAAAAGACACUUUCUUGAUUCAACAUGAUCAGUAAAAUGUGUUUGAUAUGUCCUCUUCUGUUUUUUGUUUACUCAACUAUUCAAUACACAACAG